AUUUACUUAAUACAGAGCAAGGCUAGCAUCUAGCAAACCACCAGCCCCACUGAUAGCGUGAAUGAAUUAACUGUGACAUCAACGGGGACCUUUCAGCCGACCCGUGUGUCUUCCCUGGUGUUGUAGUUUGAGACAUCCCACAUUUUGAAGUGGGUGUUUUGAGGAAGCCACGUGUACAGGAACUGGGAUCUGACAGCUUACUUGGAACCAGUACAGGCAGCCAUGGCAAUUUGGAGGAAGAUGUGGGCCAGGAAUCUCCUGUCUAUGUCUUUAUUUUUGUACGUCCUUCUCCACACCAUUGAUGUCCAUGCUCGGCCUGCAAAUAUGUCGGCAUCAAAAGAUAAAAAUCCAACCAACAAGGAUGAGAAUGAGAUUCUUCCUCCAGAUCACCUAAAUGGAGUAAAGAUGGAGUUGGAUGGCCACCUGAACAAGGACUUUCAUCAGGAAGUCUUUCUUGGAAAAGAGAUGGAGGAAUUUGAGGAGGAUUCAGAGCCAAGAAGAAACAGGAAGAAGCUGAUUGAAAUCUUUACCAAAGUCGAUUUCAACAAGGACAGGAGUGUGAGUGCUAAGGAAAUGCAGCGCUGGAUUAUGGAGAAGACAGAGGAGCACUUUCAGGAGGCCAUGAGGGAGAACAAGAACAGUUUUCGUGCUGUUGACCCAGAUGGUGAUGGUCAUGUGACGUGGGAUGAAUACAGAGUCAAGUUUCUGGCUAGCAAAGGCUUUAAUGAAAAAGAAAUUGCUGAGAAAAUAAAGAACAAUGAAGAUCUAAAACUGGAUGAAGAAACUCAGGAGGUUCUGGAAAGUCUGAAGGAUCGCUGGUUUCAGGCUGAUAACCCCCCAGCUGAUCAGCUCCUGAAUGAGCAGGAGUUCUUGUCUUUCCUGCACCCUGAACAUAGCAGAGGGAUGCUCAAAUACAUGGUCAAGGAGAUAGUGCGAGACUUAGACCAGGAUGGUGAUAAGAAACUGACACUGUCGGAGUUCAUCUCUUUACCUGUGGGCACCGUGGAGAACCAACAGGCUCAGGACAUUGAUGACGACUGGGUUCGAGAGAGGAGGAAGGAGUUUGAGGACGUCAUUGACUCAAAUCAUGAUGGCAUCGUAACCAUGGAGGAACUGGAGGAGUACAUGGACCCAAUGAACGAGUACAACGCUCUGAACGAGGCCAAGCAGAUGAUCGCUGUCGCCGAUGAGAACCAGAAUCACAGUUUGGAGCUGGAUGAGAUCCUCAAGUACAGCGAAUACUUCACAGGCAGCAAGCUCAUGGAUUACGCCAGAAAUGUCCACGAGGAGUUCUAAAGAUAAAUGGCAUCCAACCCCAACUCCCCAAACCCCCACCCCUACCCCUGUUGUUGCUCAACGAGGCGGGGCAAAUAUCCUUCACCUGCUUCACGAACAAGCCUGUCUCACUGACGGAGGAGGACGAUUGAAUGGUAGGAUAUUCUCGUGUGCAAUUCUGUGUUAAAACACCUAGCCUUAAUGGGCUCUUUCACCGCUGACUCCAGAUAAUACAUCCUCUCUGCAGCCCUGGACUGUCGAGCAGCCAGUUACGGUAACAUGGUCUGCCUUCUGUAUGCCAUUUGGACCUUUAAUGGAUCACAUUUGGAGCUUUUUUUUUUUCUUCCAUGAUUUCAAGGCACUGCAGCAUCUAAAUUUAUUUGUUAUACCGUGGAUUGUGUGUAUAUGAGGAAUUUUUAGCCUGGGUAGAUCUUCCAUUCCUGUUGCAGUCGUGUGAGAGAAUAGGUUUUUGUGCUGCGGGGUUUGUCGCUUUAGCUGGUCUGUCUGUCUGUCUGUCUGUCUGUCUGUCUACAGUGUAAAUAUUCAUAGGCACAAACCAACACAAUUGCCAGAGAAAAGCGGAAAAAAAGUGCAAUGCUGCUGAGAAGAACAGCCCCCUUUAUUGGUGAUGCACAAGCUGUUUCACUUUCACUUCAUUCCCCAACUUUAGAAGGCAAUUUAUCAGUAGAAUCAUUAUGAGUUUACAUGACGAUAGAUAUCAUCCGUCCUAUUACUAAAGACAGGAUAUAGUCUGCAUUAUACAAAAUACAACAUAUAUCUGUUCACAGCUGCAUCCGUAAAUAAUCACAGCUAAGUGGUCUUUUUUUUUUUUACCAUUUAGUGAGAGAAUUGUAGUCGCUAAAAUGUACAGAGAAGAGACUAAUAUAUUUGAAGAAAAUGUCCAUUUUUACACCAGACUCUCUGACUGACUGAAGGAAAAGCACAGGCGUCUCUAAUAACACUAGUGACAGCUCUGAUCUAUUAGGGUAAAAAUAUUAGUCUGGCCUGUGUCUGUUUGAUUUUCCACUCUGCAGGCACUCAGACUGUAAGGUUCUCCUUUAGGAAAGUAACUUAUUUAUUUGAGCUGUGCAAGUGGAUCAGCUGCAUCCACAAACGUCGUCCCAGGAGACCGGUGUCUGUAUCAUUUUAUUGUUAAACAAAGAAUGGACAGGUCACUCCUCAUCAUAGUCAAUAGUCAAGUUUGCCUGAAUUCCAAACACACCUUGUUUUUAAAUGCAUGGUCACACAGUAAAAAUACAUUCUCGAGUUUCAAGAUAAGAAUAAAUAAUACCCUGUGGAGCGUUGGGAUGCUACAGUCUCCUCUGUCCUCGAUCCGGUCUGAAUUGUAAGAUAAGAUUUAUGAUAACAGAAUGUGACAUAGCUUUAUAAAUGUACUGCAAAUUUACUGAUGGAAAAAUAAAUAUUUCAUAUCAAUCAAAGAUGUACAUGUGGUGUUGUAUAUGGGAAAAUUCAGCUUAUGUGUUUAACCUAUCCUGGUACACAGAGGGAGGCCAUGUGGUCUGUUGAGUCCACAUUGACCCUGUUACAGAGUGAUAGAUGCAUCAGGGUGAGAAGAGAGGCAGAUCAGUGAUUACCCAUCAUGCAUAGUGCCUGCAGUACAAGAUGGUGUGGGCAGUAUUAUGAUCUGGGGUUGACUCAGUUUGACAGAUCUAGGUUCAGUAAUGUUGUGUGUCUCAAAAAUGAUG